CUUGAAGGCGGCAUUUUUCCGAAGCAGCUGAGGAUACAUGGAGAGGAUACAUGUAGCGGUGAAACACGACAAACGUAGCAGAUGAUACUUUGAUUUAAAAUACUUCUGCUUGAAUGUAUCCAUUAUGAACACACCUUAAAAACAGUCGUCUUAUUUAAGUCUGCAGCGGAACUAAUGGAGAGUUAAGACUGUUAUUAGCCUACUAUAGGGUUUGCUGAAUUCCAUACACAACCAAACUUACAACUAGUGUGCCAGUGUGCUAAAAUGCCUACUGAGGUAAAGCAGAGGAAGAAAUCACCAAAACAAAGUGACGAAGUGUCGGAGACGUCGGCUUCAAAUGGUAAAGAUGAAGAUAAAAAAACCAAAACGCAAGCUGGAAACUACGCAGCAGCAAAUAAGACAUCUUCGUGUUUUGAUACGAGAAGCAUAAUGUGCUUAUUGUCGCUUGCUGCAUGUGGAGCUUUGAGUUGGAUGGUGCUGCAACAGAACGAGAGGUUCUCGGCAAUGGAGGAAAAGUUCAAACUCUUACAUGGAACUUCAAGUCUGUUUAACAUGGAGGAAGAAGUGCUUAAAGUUUCUAAAAAGCUUGCCGCCUCUGAGGACGACCUGCAGGAAGCGCUCUCCACUGUUUCCUUGGCAACAAGACUCCAGCAGGACAUCUCCACUCUCCACGCUUCUGUCAUGGCCAUGCAAGCCGACGAGAACUCUGCCAGCCGUGACCUGCAGACCGUCAACGCCCACUUCCUCAAUGUAACGGAGACGUGGCAGGAACGACUGGCCGCCAUCUCCUCUGACCUGGCUGCUCUGAAGGCCGAGUCCCGGGAAGCCCAUGCUGGAGCCACAGACCAGGUGAACGAGGCCGAACGGAGGGCCCGGUUGCUGGAAGAGAGGUUGCAGGAGCUCGAGGACAGCACCAAGAGGAAUGCCCGAGUUCUGGAACGCACAGAGGAGGACGACACUAAGCGAACACAGGAACAUUUAGACUGGAACACCAAGCAGAUCCACCACCUGGAGGUGCAGAUCAGCAGCCUGAGCAAGAAGGAGGCGGAGCUCACCGCUCAGCUGGAGGAGCACAUCCCCCGGGCACAAGAGUGUGAGAGGCACCUUCCGCAGGUGGAGGAGGCUGUGCGCGCCAUCCUGAGGCUGGGGGGUGACCUGAGUGGGGCGGAGAAACGUCUCGAGGAGGUGACGUUGCAGGUGUUUGGGACUGAAGACAGCAUGUUGAAAGCUCUGAAUGAAAUCCUGGAGAUCAGGCAGGAGCUGGACACACUGCACGCUCAAAACAGCAUCCUCAAGAUGAAGAACGAGCUCUCCGUGGUCAAGGAGGCAGUCCGUGAACUCACCAUGGUCCUGAAGGAAAAUACGAUCGACAGCCAGCGGGACGCUUUAGAGGAAGAAGGCUGGAAGGAGGAGGAGGAGGAGGAGCCCUGGGAGGAAUGGGAAAAAGAUGAAGAAAUGACUCAACCUCUUCCUGGUGACAUCACUGAAUGAUGUCACUCCUUUGAGCCGACUAGGGAAGAGGAGUGUGUCUGAAUUUUCUGCCGAAGACUAAAAGACUUAUGUGAAUGUUUUUCAAUAUGUGCACCUCAGUCUCAUGUCACUGCAUUAAAGUUUCCUGAUUUCAACAUGAA